AUGAAAGCUGAGGUCAAAGUUCAGCUGAGAGGAGGCGGAGCUCUGACCAGGUCAGCAGGAAGCCGCUGCGUCAGGAGGAAGGUCAAAGGUCACCUGCUGGAGGCGGGGCGGAGCCUGGCGGCCUUUGUGUGUGGGCUGCUGCUGGCGUGUGCGUACGGCGCCGCAGCGCUCUUCCUGCAGCAGCAGCCGCUGUGGGUCAGCGCGUACGGUUCACUGGCCGUCGCAUGCAUGGCCGCCUUCGGGAUGGGGCUGUCUGCCAGCAUCAGGGCCGACGUCAUGGUAACGCUGCCCUCCCUGUGCUCAGCUCACGGGAGGAACUUCCUGCUGCUCCUCAGUGUGUCGCUGCUGCUCGCGGCGCCGCUCAGCAACACGCUACGAAACACAGAGCGAGCCGCCAGCAGCCUGCUGUGUGGAGCCGAGCUCACAGCCAAUCAGACGCAGGAGUUACUGCAGAGAGCAGCCACGCCCCUCUUCUCGGUGUUGGACAGACUCUCAGAGAUCAGCAGUAACGCUGUUGCUGUUGCAGGAAGAGUUCACAACCUCGUCCACGCUCUGACUGACAGCGUCCGUCACAUUGCUCGCACUCUGAGGAACGUGCUUCACUUCCUGGUGGACAUUGGAGACGUGUGCAACGCCAAACUGGGCUCUCCGUACAGGAAGUGCCGCGCAGUGUUCGCCGAGGCUCGAGCCGACUGCUCCGACCUGCUGGGAGACUUCAACUUCCUGUGUGACAUCAUCACCGGUUUCCUGCCACUGUGCCAGCUGGCCCGCGUUGGCGAGCUCUUCUGCAUCAUCCCGUCCUUCAUCGGCCGCCAUCUGAGGACUCGUCUGGCAGAUCCCACCGUUGCAGCGUUUGAGCGCCUGAAGCGGGAGUUUGACUUCAACAUCUCAGCCUCGGUGACCUUUGAUCUCGAUGCCAACAGCAGCCGCUCUCUGCAGCAGGUGACUCAGGACAUCAUGGAGGAAGUGACAUCAGAGCUGCAGGUGUUUCGUACGCUGAGUGAGCUGCUGGCAUAUGGCAGCCUCGUCCUGCUCACCUGCUCCUUCCUGAGGGCGCGGAGAUACAGGAAGCGGUACCUCAGUGAGGUCGACUUCGACAACGUUUACAUCAGCGCUGCUUUCGAAGAGUUAGACCAACAGUUGACCUCAGGGGGCGGAGCCUCGGUCCUGCCAAUCACACGCAGGGAGGCCAAGACCUACAUCACUCCGUUGGCGUGGCGGCUGACCAAUAGGGAGCGGCGGGCGGUCCUGGUGGGCGUGUCCUCGGUGCUCAGACACACGGUGAUGGGGGGCCUGCUGGUGGUUCUGGACUUCCUGGUGUUCUGGAUGCUGGAUCAGGUGCAGCACCAGGUGAAGGAGGACGUGGUGGCCAGAGCUCCGGUCACGGUGGCGGUGCGGGUGAACGGGUCGGGUUACGCCUCCGACAUCUUCAGAGACCUCGUGGCGUCUUUUAACGUCCUGCAGGGGGGCAACGUCACGGUGAUCAGCAGGAAGUGUCUGCUGCCGCCGUCGGAGCCCGACCAAUCGGCGUGCUUUAUCCUAGGACUCGUGUUGGGUCUGGCUCUGCUCGUGUCUCUGAGUUCAGGAUUCAUGCAGCGCUGCCGACGCCUCGUCUGUUCCUCCGUCCAUCCGCACAGAGAGCAGGAGAGGAUUCAGUUCCUCCAUCAGCUGAUCCUGGAUCAGAGGACGGCUGUGGGCAAAGCCCUGCGGAGGUCUGCAGCCAGGAGCCGAGGAGGCGGAGGAGGCGGAAGAGAAGGAGGCGGAGGAGGACUUCAGACUCUCCUGCUGUGGUUACCUGGAGUGCGUCACCUGUGUGACCUACUGGGCCUGUCGCCAGUCAGCUGUCUGGCCUGUGCUGAGGGGGCGGGGCCAGAGGAGGACGCCAUGGUCACCUGUGACGCCCCACAAUGUCCAGGCGUGUUCUGUCGGCCAUGUUUCCACAGUCUGGGAAACACGUGUGUGGUCUGCGUGCGACCUCUGACCUUUCAGCAGGAAGACGAGCUGUGAGUUGAAGCAGACGUGACCGACCAGGACCGACUCAGGUCCGACGAGUCCACAUCCUCGGCCUCAUUCAACUGCCUCCAGGGUCAGUUCCUCACCACCGUCCUGGUCCACAGACCCGACUCUUCAACAGCAACCAGGACCCUCCAGGACAGUCCAGGACCCUCCAGGACAGUCCAGGGGCCUCCAGGACAGUCCAGGACAGUCCAGGACCCUCCAGGACAGUCCAGGAGCUUCUAG